AUGAGUUUCCCCAUGGAGUCAAAUCUGACACAUCAGAGUAACCCACCCCAAUCUUGCGAUAACACAAUAGAUUCAAAUCAAACCGUCAACACUAGCUAUAUGAGUAGCACCGAUUACCAGGGUAUUAAUUGGCAACAGGGACAUCACCAACAGCAACAGUUACACGGUGGUCCCUCAGCACAACUUCAACAUCUGUCUCAAAACGCCAUGCAAAACUAUCCCUACCAGUCAGAUUACACACCAAUGAAGAUUUGGAAUCAAUCCACUUAUUCUCAUUUGAAUUGGCAAAACAAACCAAACCCAUUCCAACCAUUAGCAAAGGAGCCACAAGAGGGUGGUGGUGAUGGAGACAUCUACUUUGACUACAAGACAAGUGACAAAAGACCAACUACUCAGUACAAUAAUAAAUAUAUGAAAAACAGUUUGCUAAAUGCCCCUAGUUAUGUUCCAUAUGGAACCAGAUAUCCUAUGACUCCGAACUCAACUAUAAACAAAGUUGUAGAUGAUGACACUGGUAUGGACUUGAAAGAAGAGGUGCAAAAGUUGAAGAAUGAGUUGAUUUUGAAAAAUCAAAUGAUUAAAAACUUGACCGAUCAGAUUAGUAUCAUGAUUAAAAACAAGAAUAGUAAAGCAUACUACGAAGUUAAAGAAGAUGCGGGUGAUUCACGUUCGCCCGUAUUCAGGUUACCCCAAAAUCACUAUCAAUUAUUCCAGGAUUUAUCAAAAACGUUGCAAGAAAAAUGUCAAGAAUUAGACGAUGCCAAUCAAAGAAUGGAAAUUAUUCUUGUUGCAAAUCAUAUUAGUAAUAACACUGGGAUUGGAUACGACGUGGAAGAAUUGAGCCAUAAAUUGCUUUACAAAAUGAAUCAGUUGCAAGCAGAGAAUGAUGAGUUAGUGAAAAUGGUUAGUUCAAGUAAUAAAUCGAGUUUAUUAGUUGAGAUUGGGAUGUUGAAACAACAGAUCAUACAAUUGACAAAGAAGGAUGAUGUUCAGAAAGAUGGUAAGCAAGAGCACAACGAUAGUAAGUAG